AUGACAACACUUUCCUCACUCACAUCCCUGUGCUCUCUCUCAAUGAACAUCUAUUUUAUCCAGCAAAACCACCCAUGGUACCCAGAACACUUGGAGGCUAUCCCUAGCCAAUACUCCUCAUUGGCAGAUGCUAUGAUACCGCAACGACAGUCUGAGGCCCAUACUGCUAUCAAACUCAUUGAGCAACGGCAAUGUGAGACUCGCACGACCUUCCAAGCCCAGGAGCCAGCCGUUUAUCAUGACGAAGUAUACCCUAAAGUAUCCGGGUAUGCACACCUGCACAGCGACUUUCCCAAGCGUGGAGAUGUGCGCACUCCUACCCACAAGAAUAUGAAUAUGAACCGCAAGGUCACGUUACGUGUCGACCAAGAGCUUCGGAGUCAAAAGCAAGAGAGGCGUGAAGGGUUUCAAAAAGCUGGUAAAACAUGUCGCCAGAAACAUGUUGCAACUCGGGAAGGCCAGUAUGCACAUCUACUGGUCUCGCCGAGGUUCUUAUGCACAACAGCAGCAGCGAUCUGGUGGAGUGCAGAGAAAAGCGAGUCUGAGAUUCAAGGGUGA